CCCUACGCCCCAUUUCUCCCCUUAAACCCUCCUCCUCUUCGCCCACUUCAAAAAAACAAAAUCCAAAAUAAAAAUAUCCCAAAAUUUUUAGAGAGAGAAGGUCAAGUUUCAUAGAGAGAGAAACAUACCAAAAAGAAAAAAAAAAUAGAGGAGAAGUGGGGUUGGGAAAAAGACAAAAAUGGAUCCGCAUACCCAGAGGGCGGAGGCGGAGCGGUGGCUAGGUAUAGCAGCCAAGUUACUGACGGCGCGUGACUUUUUAGGGAGCAAGACAUUCGCGAUCCGAGCGCGUGAAGCUGACCCUAACAACGCCGUUUCCGACCAAAUUCUUGCCGUGGUUGAUACAGUUCUUGCCGGUGAGAAGCGAGUCAACUCUAAUCAGCAACCUGACUGGUACACCGUCCUUCAGCUACCUAGGCUUGUCCGUGACCCUGACUUGAUUGCUGACCACUACCGUCGCCUUGUACUGUGUUUGAAUCCGGAGAGAAAUAGGUUUCCUUUUGCUGAUUACGCGCUGCAGUUGGUGAUGGAUGCUUGGUCUGUACUGUCGGAUCCUACUAAGAAGUGGCUUUUCGAUAACGAACUCGCCCUUUAUUUGCAACAGGGUGAGCCCAUGGUUCAGCCUGCGCCACCGGUUGCUGCUGUUGCUGCUGCUGCUGGUGGAAAUAGCGGAGGGAGUCAGUUGAAUACUUUCCAGUUUUUUCAACCUCAGCCACUGCCCCAGCAACAACCACAACAUCAGCAGCAACAUCAGCCGCAGCAACAGUCGCAACAUCAUCAACAGCAGCAGCAACAGCAACAGCAGCCGAUGUGGCAACAACAACAACAACAACAGCACCAGCAGCCGCAGCAGCACCAGCAGCAGCAAAUUAAUCAGAGAGAGUUUAUGCCGCUGCCGAUUCAACCGCCGCAGCAUGAGCAAGUUCCGCCACAGUGGCAGAUGCGGGACCCCACUCCUUUCAAAAGUGGGGAGAGAAAUAAAGAGGUUAUGAAUGGGAUUGGAUUAGGAACCAGAGUUGCAACUACUACAUCUCCGAUGGUACCGACACAAACUACAACCCGACCUACUCCUCGGGCUCCGCCACCUGCUCCACCACCACAGUCAAUAUCCCCGAUACUUCCACCUGUAUCGGCAGCAACAGUAUCGCUGCAAUUUCCGCCUGGAAGAGCAUCGCCGCCACUGCCACCUGUAUCGGAAGCGCAAGUACCUGUAACAGCCGCAGCUCCUGUUGUUGAUGGUAUUGCUGGAACUGCCCCUACUAUUACUACAAAUGCUGCUGCAAAUGAUAAUAUUAAUAAUAAUGAUAGUAAUGUAAAUGGUGUUGCUACAAAUGCUGCUGAAACGGAUGCUGAUGCUGUUAAUGAGAAUAAUGAUGAAGAAGUUGUAGAAGAGGAUGAUGUUGUAGAAGAUGUAGAAAGUUUUUGGACAGCUUGCCCUUACUGUUUUUACAUAUUUGAGUAUCCAAAAGUGUAUCAGGAAUGUACUCUUAGGUGUCAGAAUUGUAGGAAAGCUUUUCAUGCUGUACAGAUUCCGAAUCCCCCUCCGAUUAGUGGUGGUGGGAAGGAGAAGGAGACACAGAAAGGAAAAGAGAAUUCGUUCUGUUGUUGGGGUUUUUUUCCAUUAGGGUUUUCGAUGACCGCUUGGAAAAAGCAAAAUCAGUUUGGGAACUCAAAUGGGUCGUCAAAUUGGGUGCCUUUUUCGCCUAUGUUUACUUGCCCUGUUGAAAAUGGGGGUGGGGGUUUCCAGUGGUUUGACAAUAAUGGUGGCAAUGCCUUUGUUGGGCCAAAGAAUGUCGAGACAAAGAAUACCCCUAGAGUUUAUAUUGAUGAUGAUGCAUUUCUUGAGCUUUCUGAACCUAGUGAUAAGGAUUCAUCUGAUGGUGAUUGGAGAACUUAUAAUCAAGAAAAGAAGAAGAAGAAGAAGAGGACAGGGAGGAUUGGGGGACAAAAGAGAGGAAGACCUCGCAGAGGAGAUGUGUUAAAUAAAGUGAAACAAAAUGUAGCUAGUGGAGGUGGAGUGUCUGUUGGUGGUGAGCAUAUGGAUGAUGGGUCCGAUCCGCAAGUUGUAAUUGGUUUGGCUGCUGGGGAUAGAUCUGAUAUAGGCAAAACGGCUGCUGCUGCCCUUACUAGGAAGCAGACUAGGAGAAGUAAGAAGGAUGUAGGGAGAUUAGAUCUCAAUGUGGAAUUCAACAAUGAUGGUGAAGAGCAUGCCCCUGCAGUAAGUGCAGUAAACGGGGAGGAAGGGAUUGAAAAUAUUGGAUUUUUUGAAGGUCUAGAUGAGUUUCUAAGUACAUUGCCCAUACUAAAUGUUGGCGGGGAUGAAAAGGCUAAACCUUCUUAGCAGAAUCAAGCCUCUUCUGCUAUCCAAAUGCCCCUGAUUGUUCCUUUUUUGCAGUUUCUGUAUGCAGGUAGCUACUAGCUAGUGUUGAUGUAUGUAGAGCAGCUAGGAUUUCUUUAAAGCUUUUUCCUGGCUGCCAGUAUGUAGUUUUGUAAUAUGCAGGGAUUUGAUCAUCAGGUCUUUUUCUUUUGUUGUUAGAAUCCUCCUUUGUAGAUUAUCCUGCUAUCAUGAAUAAUUUUCUGAUGUUAAUUUUGGUACAUUAAUGAGAUAAGCAGGGUAAAGCUUGAAA